AUGAAAUCUACUUUUCAAUUCACUAAAACAAACACUAGUAGCAGUCACUUAGAAAAUCCGAUAUCCGCAGAAAAACUACAUACUUGUGGAGUUAUUUAUGAAACCGAAAUAUCAAGGGAAAAUAGUAAUCGAUUAACGGAAAAAUCUAAAAACGACUUUGAAACUACUUCAGGUAAACAUCAACAAAACGAGCCAAAAUCAUUAAAUUUUAAACAUGAAAGUAAAAACCUAUUAAUGACCAGUAGAAUUGAUGAAGGCAUUAUGAAACAGCAGUUACCCAGUAAUGUGGAACAGCAAAAUAAUCCACACAGUGAGAAAGAUGUUAAUAGUUGUGAAAACGUUAUGGAUAAUAACAAAAUUCUAAAACAAAAAUCAAAGCGAAAUGUAUCAUAUCACGAAAAUGUUGACACUAGAUCUGUGGAGAAUUCAUCAAAUGCUGGAAGUAAAAAUUAUUACAGCAGCUCGUCAUCGACUAUGUCCUCCGUGACUGAAAGCUCUACAUCACAAAAUUACACAGACUCUGUAUCUCCUGAAGCUCACUUAUCAAAAUUGAAGAAAAUACACCGUAAAGCAUCAAGGCGUAAAAAACUAAAAUAUCUUAAAGGAAUAUUUUGCUUUUUAUCAGUAAGAAUUAUUCUAUUAUUUACUUUAAUCUUGAGUAUUUUAUUUCUUCUGGUUGGAUACCUAUUGCAUAUAAGGAAUAUUUUGAUAACUGGUUGCAUAUUGUCCUUGACAUCAGUUGGUUGUCUAGUUCAGUUGUGCUUCACUAAACGUACAAGUUCCAACAAAUUUAAUCCACAAUCCGUACCAUUUGCACUAGCUGCUGAAGAUCUUCCGAAUACAGAAAAUAAAACCUUAAUCCCAUCUUUGACAAUAGCAACAUCGAACCAGUUGAAGACUACAAGCACCAGCACUGUUGUUAAUGAAAUAGUUGUUAGUAGCACUAAUAACGACGGUAAUUUGUUAAAAGUUCCUGAAGAGUCAUCUGCUGUACGGUUAACUACAUCACCAAAUACACCCGUUGUCAUAGGCAUCGAUCACAUCCAAGCAAGACGUUUAAGUAUGGCAUUACAGCACUUGUCAAGAAAUUCCUUUCAACCCCAAACAUUAUCCUCACAUAAGCACGAAACAACGAGUAUGCUAAAUAUGGCAAGACGUUUAACAAUGGCUAGUUCAGCCAUUGCUUUGGGCAGUGCUGAUCGUGAUUACUACGGUCAUUCGUCAUGGUUAACUGGAUCUAGAGUUCGACAUGGUGUAAGACGUAGUUUAGCAUGGAAUGAGUCUGGUGCAACUCGAUUUUAUGAACAUUGUUAUGACUGA